AUGCAUAUUCUCGUCACCAAUGAUGAUGGGCCACCAUCAUCUCACUCGUCACCAUACAUUCACUGCCUUGUGAAACACCUGCAAGAUGCCGGACACACUGUGUCUGUCUGCGUGCCCAAUACGCAGCGUUCAUGGAUUGGCAAAGCCCACAUGAUUGGCCAAACGCUCAAACCUUCCUACUAUACACCUUCAUCGAAUAUUCACGGCGAAGAUACCGAGGGCACGACGCACCACUUACCCUCUACGGCCGCUGAUGCUGAUGAAUGGGUGCUAAUUGAUGGCACACCAGCAUCAUGUGUUCAGAUUGGGCUAUACCACUUCUUCCAGGAUAAAGGUCCGAUUGAUCUGGUCAUCAGCGGACCCAACUAUGGACGAAACACCACGUCUGUCUUUGCACUGAGUUCUGGAACAUUAGGUGCAGCUCUGGAGGCGGCGGUUUGUAGGAAGAAAGCCAUUGCUCUUAGCUUCGCCUUCUUCUCAAGGAAUCAUGAUCCGGUAAUCAUCGAGGCCGCUUGUCGCCAUGGUAUCCGUGUUAUCGAGGCUCUAUAUAAACAGUGGCCCACGGACGACAGCACGGACUUAUACAGUGUUAACGUCCCUUUGGUGGAAGGAGUCGAGCAGCAUAAGACCCUCUGGGCGGACAUGCUGCAGAACUACUGGAAGGAGGGUAGCUGUUUCCAGGAGAUUGAGGGCCAGGCUGGCGAUGCUGACGAGGAAGAAGCUCGCAUCAGACAGGGUGAGAUUGACAAUGGGUCCGCGGCACAAGAGAGCAAAGGGCAUAAACAUAAACACUUCAAGUGGGCGCCGAGAAUGGCAGAUGUUUACAAGAGUGUAGAGGAGUCUGGACCCGGAAACGAUGGGAGAAUUAUCCGCGACGGAAACACAAGUAUUACUCCAAUGAAGGCCAACUUUGCAAUCUCACACCCAGAGCGCGCUGCCAGAGAGUUUGAGUUUGAGUCUCCAUCUCCAGCCUUGCCCCUGAGGCAUAACACAGGGCAAGAUAGUGAAAGGCCGGAUGCAGAUGCUUUCCAAGCGAUCAUUGCGUACGAAGAUUCCUAUGUGCAGCCCCUUAUCGUUUCUGCACUGCAUGCCGUAUUCCCACUGGCAUUGGUCAAACUCAUUACGGAUGUGUCGACCGCAGAUAAUGUCUCCCUAGCCAAGUUGCUAUCAUCCCCGGAGUCGAGGGUAUUACAAAUCACACCUUAUGAGUCAAUUGAUUUCGAAUUUGCGGCGGAAAACACGAAAUCUAGUCUCAUAAACAGUUAUGUGAUCCGCAAAGCACUGAUACGAAAGCACUAUCUCUCAACAACUGUAGAACACUGGGUCGCGAAGAACCCGGAUUCUCCGCUGAAGCAGCACGUUAAACGAAGCGAAUCCUUUGAAGUCGACUAUGCAGAGUUCCUGGAAGAUUCUCUCGUUGAAGCUUUUGAUCUACGAGAAAGCAUGGAUCGCAACGCUGAAAUCGACGAAAGCGAGUCAUCAAAACGAGAAUGGUGGAUCUUGAAGCCUGGCAUGAGCGACCGCGGUCAGGGCAUUCGUCUCUUCAGCACAAUGGACGAACUACAAGACAUCUUUGACGGUUGGGAAGCAGACCGCCCCGACAGCGAUGACGAAGACAACGAACCCCAAGACCAAGAGACUCAGAACGAAGAUGGCGACUACAUCACCACCUCGCACCUUCGCCACUUCGUCGCCCAACCUUACAUUCAUCCACCCCUUCUGUUUGACAACCGCAAAUUCCAUAUCCGCACCUACGUCCUUUGCACUGGAAGUCUGAAAAUCCACGUCUACAAACAUAUGCUCGCCCUGUUCGCCGCAAAAGCCUACUCGGCCCCGUGGCAGUCCCCCGACGACAUCGAGUCUUUCCUCACCAACACAUGUCUCCAGGACUCGCCCAACGAGAACUCGGUCCGUCGUUUCUGGGACUUGCCACUUCCGGAAACGCAGCUUUCAGGCAUAUUUGACCAGAUUUGCAGUGUCACGGGUGAGAUAUUCGAGGCAGCUGCUAGGGCUAUGCCGGUUCAUUUCCAGACCUUGCCGAAUGCGUUUGAAGUGUUUGGGUUGGACUUCAUGGUCGAUGAGGGUGGCAACACCUGGCUGCUGGAGGUGAAUGCUUUUCCGGACUUUAAACAGACGGGAGGCGAUUUAAGUCAGAUUGUGGAAGGGUUUUGGAGGGGGGUUAUGCGGAAUGGUGUUGCAAAGUUCUUUGGCGUGGAUGUUGCGAGGAGUGAGGAUGAAGGGGAUAUGGUUCUUGUUAGGGAUGUUGAUUUAGGGAGAAGGUGA